UGUUUCUGUUCGCUGAAAUGGAAAGCAGAGUCCAAGCAUUACGUGGAGGUGAACAUUGGUUUUAUGGCACCCAACCCACUGCGCUGCAAGAUAAAGGUAAGGACAUGGAUAUAAAGCCAGAGUGUUUACUCACUUGUCCAGGAAACUCAAGACAGCCACAAUAAAUCAUACUCCUGCUCCACUAUGAACCCUGCUCAGACCGCCCUCAAGACUAAACUGGAAGAGCUGGAGUGUCACUUCACCUGGGGACUGGAAGUCAGCAGGUACAAGCUGCUCAUUCACAGAGAUCACCUGGAGGACAUUGGCAGUGACGAGAGCUUUCCAUGGCUGGGUCAGAUGUACAACUUGUGGGCUUACAUACACCACACCCUGGACUCCACUGACGCAGCCCUGCAGUGCCUCAGUAAGGCAGAGGAGGCCUUUCACCUAAACAGUCCUUCAGACACGAUGGGUCCUUGGCAGCUGGUCCACUAUGGGAACCUAGCCUGGGUGCACUAUCACCUGGAUAACCUGGCGGAGAGCCAGCGGUGCGUGACAAAGGUUGAGGAACUGCUACGAGAUUACCCCUUGCCUUCCCAGGGGAGAACUGCACCCUGAGGUGUGUGUUGAAAAGGCCUGGACCCUCAUGAAGUUUGACCAGGACAAAAGACUGAAAGCAAUAGAUUACUUUCAAAUGGCUAUUAGGAUGGAACCUGAGAGAAAGGAGUGGCAAUCAAGCCAUGCCUUGGCCUUAGACUCAGUCUACUAUUUUCAUCCAAACAACCAACAGAAGGAGUCUGAGGUUCUAGAGGAGCUGAGACUUGCCAAGGAAC